AUGAAAGGCUGCUCAUACUGUCACCGAACGUUCCACAAGACAGAGCAUCUUCUCCGCCACGAGCGCUCUCAUACAGGGGAGAAGCCAUAUCGAUGCGAUACAUGCGGUCGCGGCUAUGCACGGAGCGAUGUCCUCCUUCGCCAUGUUAGAUACUUUCACCCAAACAGCGACACCUCAGAGAGAGAGCGCCGAAGAUCCGAUGUCUCAACGAACGAGAAGAGUCGGCAGCGCCGACAAAGUGUCCUGGCCGAUUCCAUAAAUGUGUGUUCGAUACCACCGCCCGAGACAGAGGAAGGCUCGGAAGGCGAGACAGAUCAGCAACAUAAUGAUCACAUGCGCGAUAAUGGACAGACACAACAGCAAGAGGAUAGCUCUAUCGCUGUCGAUAACUCGAUGGCGCAGUUCUCAACGUCCGACCUAGAUGCGUUGGCUACAGUAUCAAUGCUGCAAGCUCUCCACGAACAACCAACUGAAUCAGCAAAGUUGGCUUUGGAAGACUCUUUUGAUGAUCGACGGCCUGCCAAUCAAUCCCCUGCUAUAGGCCAGCAUGAUAAUGAACUAUCGCCGAUGAGCUUCUCGCAUCAUAUGGUGGAGACAUCGCUAGAGACCGCUACCCCUACCUUGUUCACCGCCAAUGCUGAAUUUCUCAGUCCUGGAAUGUCGUUGAGUACCAGGGCGAAUGUUUUUCAUUCACACACAGCUGCCUCGUCAGCUCCUUGGGGAAAUAAUGAAACAUCCCUCACGUCGAUGAGCAACACAGAUUUUUUGCAUUACGCUGGGGCUCUAGAGCUCUUGCAACCUAAUCUUAGUCAUUUGGACUUUCUAGACUUUAGUCUCGGCGAAACAUCUCCAGGCGUUCGUGGAUCUCAAGCUUCGAGCAACAGCGUCGACCCUGUCAGUAGUAUCCCACUGGAGCGUUUCGCAAGAGUAGCGGCACUGUGGCCUAGGAGCCGAACGCACCCCGCGAGUCAAAUUGCAUCCAAAGUCUGGGCAGACGUGGUGAACUACCGUGGUGAUGGUAUAUUUACAGAUGUCUCUAUCUCACAAUCAUCACCAAGCUCUACCAUCGGAACCGAGAACGAAUCGAGAUGGGGAAUGGAUGAAGAAAAGAGGCAAGAUCUCAUACGCGAGUUCGGCUCACCUGGUUCAAGCGUCGACUUUCUACCCGCGAGACUACUGAACCUUGGUCUCACCAUUGCAUUUCGACAGCCCCAUUCUCUCGUCCCGUUUAUACACCAACCCACAUUUUCAGCAAAGUCAGCAUCUAACUCAGUCGUUUUCUCCUUGUGUCUACUGGGACUGGCCAUUCUCGAUUCAUCAUAUGUGAAGCCAUUCACAGCACACUACUUACCAGCAGCUACGGAGAAAUGCUGUUCUCAACUAGCGACACCAUCGUUUGGCCCAGACGGGUCAGCACAGCUUGUUGAGCGCCUUGCGUCCGCUGCUUUACUUCUAAUGGCUUGGUCGAUAAGCUCACCACAUGAGGUUCGCGAUUCCUUCUUAUCCGGAAUGCUUUACAACCAGACCAUGAACCUCUUAAAGAUGUCAGGCUUACUGAUGCCGAGACCUUCGUCCUUCAGCAUCGACAAUCUACUCACCCAGGCGAACUCGGCGAGACUUAUUCAUGACCCAGCGCAGAGCGAUGAUUGGGCGUGGAAGGCAUGGGCUCGAACAGAAAGCUUUAAGAGGCUAAUAUCCACGUUGAUCAUGAUCGAUGCAUGGUGGGCCUCAAGACUAAACACAGAACCACUUAUUUGCACCUCCGUGGUGCAGUUGGAAAUGUCGACAUCGAUCGAUCUGUACCGGUCCUCAUCAGCAAAGUCAUGGAGAAGCUGCCGCAACGCUGGAACAAGUGCAACCACAGAGCCUGUCAUAAUACGAAUGCACGCUCCGUCUAUCACAUUGACGCCGCUCCAAGAGACGUCGCCGAUUGGAAUGACUGGAUUGCUGUCUGUUAUCUGGGCACGCAUUCUUCAACACCAGCACCAAACGAGAGGAGCAAGGGAUAUCAGUGGAGACCAGCCUACCGCAAGUGUUGAUGCAUCAACUGAGACUGGCAGCAACACGUUGCGUGUGCUAGGCGAUAUCUACAUAAAUUACUCGAGGUUUCUUCGGUAUAGGAACCCCAACUGCAUUGCACAGUGGCACUUCCUUAACCUCAAUGUACUGGCCAAUCUUGAGAUCUUCGAAAUGGCCUCUGGUCGCAACGGAGCUGAGAGCGCAUACGCCGCAUUACAAGAGAUCUCUAACUGGAGUCAGACACACUAUGCACGACGAGCCUGUCUCCACGCAGCUGGUAUAUACGUCGCCAUGAGUCGUCGGAGAGCAAACGAUGGUGUGAUGCUCCAUUCCGACAUGUCCUUAUUCACAGCUGCACUUGUCCUCGGACUUUAUGUCUUUAUGAUGAAACCGAACGAGGGACAUACUGAUGCUGACACAGAGUCAUUUGAGUUACUCAACGAUAUUGACUGGACUAAUCUAUGUGAUCCAAUGUUGGCAGUGGAUAAUGCUGGAGAUAACACCGCCAGCCAGUUUAUACACAAUGGAGGAAGUAUUAGCUUUUCGGGAACAGUGUGUGAAGCGGGAUAUAACGCUGCCAAGAUGAUCUUGCUCGAAUUUGCGAGCUUGUUAGAGGAAGUCGGGAAGUGGAAUGCCAAAGAACUGUGUCAUAUUUUGCGGAUAAUGAGCGACUCUUUGAUUGAAGUCGACGACCGUUUGGGUGGUGAUUGA